GUAGCUGGCAACGUAGCCGAUUCACUCUCACAAAUAUUUCUGCUCACACCACGACCUGAGGUCCGGAAUCGUGCCUAUGAGCUGCUAGGCGCAAGCAAUGCUCGACAGUUCGCAAGUGCUGUGGAAAAACACAUCAAUAGAUAUCUGGAAGUUGCAAGAGGCGAAAUGAACGAUAGAAGGUCGAUUCUGGAGAUUCGGAAAGAACGUGAUGCAGCAAAAGCAUUGAUGAACUCUUUCAUUCACCAAACGGUACGUAUUAAAUCCGGAAACAUUCCAAAGCCACAGACAUGGGCGAUACGUAUUCAGUGCGAUUUCUAUUGGUGUUCGUUGGUACAUAAGACACGAGUUCAGGUUUCUGGCGAUCAAGUAGUACCUGAUUCAUUAUGUUCACGUUUAAAUUCCGUCACGCAAAGCACUGAUUUAAUGCCAUUGACAUCCGCUAAUUCUUCACAACAAUUGUUUCUGAACAAUGCAUGUAUCUCACAGCGGAAAUCGGGCUCAGAAAUGGAUUUCACGGAUACCGGAGAUAAUGGCAAAGGGGAAUUUAGUGAUUCAGUAUCAAAAGAUUCAGCAGAUGAUUUCUCAUCCAGCGAUCAUCAGCGAUAUUCAGAAAGCAACGAAACCAAUGAUUUUUCGCAACCGGGAACUGAAAAUGGAGAAUUUUCAUGUACAGAAACCACGAGAAAAGAGAUUUCAAUAGAGAGAGUGUAUGAUGCAAUGGUGCCUUUGGUUCAUAAUCAGGCAUCGAAUAAUAAUUUAUUCUUUUGA